CAUAUGGCAACUCCAGACCUAAUCCAAUUUGAAUUUCUUUUACUGCCGGCUGCAAUUUGCAUAUAGCCUUAUUUCAGUGAUAAAAAGCCAUAAAUCUCAAAAAAUGUUUCAACCCGAAACUGAGGAUAUGCUACCGCGUUGCGCGCCUACGCCAAGUGUGCCAUUGGAUAUGAAUACCGCCACAAUAGUGCGUCCGUCUGUGCCUGAAGUCUCAAUUUUGAUUGGCGCUCAGCAAGCAGAUUCAGCCAAUUCAAAAACAGCCCCAAAUGAUACGCCGAAUCAACCACAACAAACAUACGCUGCAUGGAAAAGACAAAUUCUUCCUAAAGUAUCUUUCCCACCAGCAGGUGCUGAAGUAUAUAGUAUCAACGGUCACGUAGUUGGCUCAAACAUUGUAAGUGCUGCCAAAGUGCCCAUGGCCGCCAGCACAACCGCAGCUCCGACAAAUGCGAACAUAACGUCAAAUUUGUAUCCACUUCGCCCUGUAACAGCUAAUGUAACACAAAUGCCUAUUAUCGCAAAUUCAAAUGCUGCAGCUAGUCUUAAUGGCAUAACUACGCAAAUGCAACAGUACCGUCGCAGCAUGGAGCAGCCUUUAUGCUCACAGGAAAAUUUUCAGCGGCGCUCGUUUGAUGCAUGCACUACAACGGCUCAAACGUACCGAUCAAACUUGGAUGUCCUCACCAUAUGUGCAGGCACACAAACAGAAGGCGCACUGAUUUCAGAUUCUCCCAGGCGCGAAUCUGGAUUAUUAGAACACCUGGCAACAAAGGAAGAUUUUCAAAAGUUAUGUACGAUGUUUGGAGAUAUGCGCAUGGAGCAGCUGCGCCUAAUGAAUACUAUGGAAUCAUUUUUAGUUCAACAGACCCGCUCUCCGCAAAUAUCGAUAACACGGCAGAACGCGUGUACACAGUAUAACGUUAGUGAUUGUUAUGAAUCUAAGGAAAAGCAAGUCCCAAUAGCUCAUCAACAAUACGAGGUUAUCGAAGAAUAUAAUACACUUCCUUCAUCUAAUGGCUCGAAUGGACGAUAUAAACCGCAUAAGGAGUUGCCGGCCUUUGCGUUAGAAUUACCACGUCAACCUACUGCCCAAUCCACCGCUUAUCAAGCGCCCACACCGCGUAAUACCAUACCAACUACUGCCGAGGCAAUGCCAAAUAAACCGAGUACCGAAAAAAGCAUGCUAAUGAACGAGCUGGCACUGAAAUAUUUACCCAAUGAGCAAUUGAAUGUACUUCUGCAGGAGUUAAAUAUUGCACCAGCAGCACAACAGAAAGCUGCUACACCCUUGCGACCAAUAGAAAAUAUCGAAAAGCAACCAAGCGAUAUGUCAAAUGCUUCUUACAAAUAUUUAAAGAAAUAUCGACUGCUGCCAGAGGAGUACGAUGAAGGGAAAGAGCUAUUAACACCAGUGCGUUCGCCAAUAACACAGGGAACACGACAGCAGCAACAUGACCAAUCACCAUAUCAACCGCAACAACAGCCUAGGGCAUCACCACGUGUUUUAACACCUCAAUCGCCUAUGCUGGACCUUGAGCAUAUUAGACGGCAGCCUAAACUUAUUUAAUAUAAACUGAAAGUAUCGUAUAGCAAGCUGAAUUUUGUUAAGUAUGGGAUUAUUUUUGUUUAAUUCUUACUACAUAACCUGUUUUAAUAUAACUAACUUAUUCA